AUGGACCGAGAGUGGGGUUCAAAGCCCGGAGGUGGAGGCGCCGCCUCCGCCCAGAACGAAGCCAUCGACCGCCGCGAGCGACUCCGACGACUUGCCCUCGAGACCAUCGAUCUCGCCAAAGAUCCAUACUUCAUGCGCAAUCACCUCGGAAGCUAUGAGUGUAAACUUUGCUUGACCUUGCACAACAAUGAGGGUAACUACUUGGCCCAUACACAGGGAAAGCGCCACCAGACCUAUCUCGCCAAGCGGGCCACGCGUGAGGCCAAGGAUAUUCCUGCUCAGCCCCAGCCCCACAAGCGCAAAGUCUCCGUUCGCAAAACAGUGAAAAUUGGUAGGCCGGGCUAUAGAGUAACAAAGCAGUUUGAUGGAGAGACAAAGCAAAGGUCCCUUCUCUUCCAGAUUGAGUAUCCGGAAAUAGAAGAUAAUGCAAAGCCAAGGCAUCGUUUUAUGUCAUCUUAUGAGCAGAGGGUCCAACCCUAUGAGAAAAGAUACCAGUAUCUUCUGUUUGCAGCCGAACCAUACGAGAUAAUUGCUUUUAAGGUUCCUAGUACAGAGAUUGACAAAUCGACUCCGAAGUUCUUCUCACAUUGGGAUCCAGACUCCAAAAUGUUCACGUUGCAGCUAUAUUUCAAAGUUAAGCCACCAGAGACGAACAAACCUCAACCUCCCCCAAAUGCCAAUGGCACAGGUGCUCCUGGAGUUCCUUCAAGGCCUCUACCCCCACCACCCCGAGGUCCACCUCCUCCUCCUCCACAAGGAAUGGAGCCUGGUGCACCUAUGGGAAACCCUCCUAGAGCUCCACCAACUAUUCCUGGUUCCUUACUGCCACCUCCUCCUAUGGUAAAUGGCCCUGGGCCUAUGCCUCCUGGUGGGGCUCCACCUGCCCCACCUCCACCUCCUGUCAGCAAUAACACAAUGGUGAAUUUCACUCCUGGUACCCAGGUGGGUAGACCACCGACUAUGCCACCUCCACCACAAGCUUUCCAAGGACAACAGAUGCAGGGCCAGGGUCUUCGUCCUCCUCCUCCUCCUACACCUCCUAGCAUGGGUCGUUAA